CAGCAUUUAGAGACUUAUUCUCGGCGGAGUACGAAAUGCGUUUACUUUUAAGCUGUGCUUUUAUACUGACAGCCGUGGUGCUUGGCGGCGCAUACAAGGUGCCCAGGGCACAGGUGCGAGUCUUUUAUCCCAAAGGAUUUGAGGUUUCCAUACCGCAUGAGGAGGGCAUUUCACUGUUUGCCUUCCACGGUAAGCUGAACGAGGAUUUCGAUGGAUUGGAGGCGGGCACAUGGGCACGCGAUAUACCCAGCGCCAAGAGGGGGCGUUGGACGUUCCGUGAUCGUGAAACGGCAUUGAAAUUGGGCGAUACUCUCUACUACUGGACGUAUGUCAUCUACAACGGGUUGGGCUACCGCGAAGAUGAUGGCGCGUAUGUGGUCACCGAAUAUGCCCCAAGCCCAAGGCAUUAAGUGUGAAAUGUGAUUUUUUCUUGAGUGAUAUUU